AUGGAUUGCUUUGCCGGAUCCCCUGGGCAGUUCAGGAACUUCCGGAAGGACGAUUUUGAGGCUAACUGGAUUAAGGUUGCAGAAUGCAGAUUUGGUCAGGUGUACCAGGUCAAGCUCAAACUCUGGCGGGAAAAAUGUGCCCUGAAAAGCUUUGACAGCUUGUGUGCAAACAACUUUUACAGGAGAGUAAUGGAUGAGGCAUCCAACAUGGCCAAAGUGAAAUUCAAAUACAUCAUGUCCAUCUACGGACUGUGCAGUGAAGCGACUGCUGUGGUGAUGGAGUACAUGAGUAAUGGAUCGCUGAACAAUCUCCUAGCCAGUCACACUUUGAUGUGGCCAAAGAAGUUCCAGAUGAUUCAUGAAGCCUCCAUGGGCAUGAAUUUCCUCCACACUAUGAAACCUCCACUACUCCAUCUUAACCUCAAGACAUCCAACAUCCUACUGGAUGAUCAUCUUCAUGUCAAGAUUUCAGAUUUUGGUUUAAUUCACUGGGAAGAGGGCAUGAGCAAGACGUUGUUCAUGGAGCAUCUGACAGCAAGAGGGAACAUAAGUUAUAUUCCUCCAGAGACUUUCACUCAGUGCCCUGAUCCUCCAAGAACUACCUUUGAUGUUUACAGCUUUGGAAUUGUGAUGUGGGAGAUUCUGACACAGCAGAAACCGUAUGCAGGGUGCAGUGUGACCACAGUGCUCUUGGAGGUAGCACAGGGUAAGAGACCCUGUGUGGAGAUGAUACCUGAGCAGAUGCCCCAUGAGUGUGAUCAGAUGAUCAGAAUCAUGCAGCAGUGCUGGGACCAGGAUCACGGGAAGAGGCCACAGUUCUCAGACAUUUUGAUGAAAACAGAGACUCUGAGUGAAGUGCUGAAGGUCCCUGGACCAAUCCACUGUCGCAAAAACGCUGACGAGGGAUCAGAUUCCUCGCUGGUUCCUCCAUUACAUGAAAUUGCUUUGCCUGAGAUGUCUGACCUUCCCUCAGAUAACCUACAUGCCACGGAUGGCAUUCUCUGUUUGCUGUACAAAAAGGACUUUGGUAGUUUCAGACUGUCUGUGAAAAGAGAGCAUGUAUCCACACAGUUUUCUGGGCAAAAGAGCCUUCUUCACUACACAGUAGCCAGCGGGGACACAGAGAGUGUCAAGCAGGUCCUGAGUCUGGGUGCUGAAGUCAACUGUGCGACUGCCAGAGGUUAUACUCCUCUUAUUAUUGCUGUUCUGCACAGGCUUCACGAAAUCAUCUCUCUGCUGCUGGAACACGGUGCAGCUGCCACCCAGGAAGAUGAGGACCAGUGGACGGCGCUACAUUUUGCUGCUCAGAAUGGAGAUAACAGAACUGUAAGUCUUCUUUUGGACAAAGGAGCUGUGGCGGAUGCCCGGGAAAAAACCGGAUGGAUGCCCCUCCAUCUGGCCUGCCAGAACGGCCAUGAAACAGUGGUGCGCCUGCUGCUUUCACGGCUGUCAGAGGAAGCAGUCAGAGAACGUGAGGAGGCACAAGGGAGGACGCCGCUCCACCUAGCCUCGACCUACGGGUAUCUAAAUAUUGCCAAGCUCCUCCUCUCUCAAGGAGCAGAUCCGAAUGCUACAGACUGCUGUCUCUCCACUGCUCUUCAUUUAUCAGCCGAGGAAGGCCAUAACAGAGUCGUGAGACAGUUGGUGAAGAGUGGAGCGAGUACUGACAAUGCAGACAGCAGAGGAUAUACUCCUCUUCACCUGGCUGCUCUGAAGGGUCAUACAGGCAUAUGCAGGCAGCUGUUGUCAAAUGGGGCCAGCCCAGACUCCAGGACCCUCCAAGGUUGGACUCCCAUGCACCUGGCUGCCCUGAGGGGUCAUGAAACCACGGUGGUCCAGCUGAAGAGUCAAGGUGGUUGUGUGAAUGCUUCAGGUGAGAAUGGAUGGACCCCGCUCCACCUCGCCUGCAAGCAGAGCAAGCCGGAAGUGGUGGCAAAGCUCCUGGCGGCCAAGGCCGACCCAAACGUGACAGAGGACAGUGAAGGAUGGACACCGUUACAUGUAGCCUGUAACAGUGUCUGUUUCCCAAGUGUCCUUCAUUUGUUAACACAUCAUGCAGAUGUCAAUGUAGUAAACUCGGGAAAGGCGACACCUUUACACCUGGCUGCCCAGCAUGGCUGUGUGCCAAUCAUAAAGGCUCUACUGCUGAAUGGAGCAGACAGGACACGUCUGGACUCUUCUGGAUCCACAGCUCUGAAUGUGGCCCAGAGGUGUGAGAAAUGGGAAAUAGUGCAACUAUUGAAAAAGGAAUGUGAAGCAUGACUCUCCCUCUGGGUAAAGCAAUUUGAAUAGAAGGACUAUGUACAAUGAAAACAUCAAUGACACAGCUGGAAUAUUAUCCUGCUUUUGAGUGGGGCUUUUAUUAAGCAGCUUAAAGCAAGGUUUUCAACUUUAUUACUUUUAAAUGUCUUAUUAUUUUUUUAGAAAUACG